AUGUCUGGACACUCGCCCUUUUCUGACAGUGUCCGCGCUGUGAGCGGAUCCACCGACCGCUCUGCACCAGUCUGGGACAUUCCUGAAGUACGGGAAAUUGGAGAGCCCCUCUUUGGCUACGACCAUUGGGUAAAUUGUGUUACUGGGUCUCCGUACGACACGAGGGUUGCAGGAGAUGCGGACGCGAAACGACCUGUCAACGAGGCAGCUGAUCGGAGAGCCUUGGGAUGCGCAUGGCGGUUCAGCCUGUCUUCGCUGUUCUGGUCCCCGGACGGAAAACACCUUGCGUCGGGAUUCAAUCAUGGCAUCCUUCAAUUCUGGGAGACUACGACAGGACGUCCCGCAGGGGAUCCUCUUGAUCUCCAGGUUCAGAGGACUUUCUCGAUUACAUUGUCUGUCAAGGACAAUCUUGUUGUUGUGAGGACUGGGUACAUUCAUCUAUGGAAACUUGAAAAACGUCACAGCGCAGAAACAAUAUUUUGA